AAUAUUCAGGAGACCAAGGAAGGAAGGAAGGAAGGAAGGAAGAGAGAAAUGAAAUGAAAAAAGAAAGAAAGCUAGGGCUUCAUCGUAUGUUUGCUUCACGCAAACAGCUAAAUGUAUUAAGCCUUUGCUUUCUCGCGUGGCUUUAAAGUCUCCUUUCUUUCAAUCUCAUCAGCUACAAGCGUUUUUUAUCACCCACAUCCCUUCUCUCUCUCUCUCUCUCUCUCUCUCUCUAAAUAACAACAAAAAUAAAACCACACCCCCCUCCCCACCAAACCCCAAAAUCUCCUCCUCUUUUUCACUUCACAAACAUUAAUGGCACCACCUCUCAUCAUCAUCAUCAUGACCCCCUAAAACCCCAAACAAUCUUCAACCUAAAUCAAAACAAGGAAAUCAUAUCCACCAAUUUAAUUAAAUCACCAUCAAGACCUCAAAAUCAAGGUCAUCGUCAUAAUGAAUGCAACAAACCCUAGUGGCUCCGGGGGAGGCGGCGGAGGAAGUAGUAGCAGCGGCGGAGGAGGAGGAGGAGGCCCAUGUGGCGCGUGCAAGUUUUUGAGGAGGAAGUGCGUGCUGGGUUGCAUAUUUGCACCCUACUUCGACUCGGAGCAAGGCGCUGCUCAUUUUGCUGCGGUGCACAAGGUCUUCGGAGCCAGCAAUGUCUCCAAGCUUCUUCUUCACAUCCCGGUCCACAAGCGCCUCGACGCUGUCGUCACCAUAUGCUACGAGGCUCAAGCCCGGCUUAGAGAUCCGGUCUACGGCUGCGUUGCUCACAUAUUUGCUCUUCAACAACAGGUGGUGAGUCUACAGGCCGAGCUCUCAUACUUACAAGCCCACUUAGCAACAUUGGAGCUUCCAUCGCCACCUCCACCCCCUCCUCCGCCAUCAAUCAUAACUCCACCUCCACUCUCCAUCUCAGACCUUCCAUUGGCUGCCUCCUCCAUGCCUGCCACAUACGACUUGUCCUCACUUUUUGAACCCAUGGUCAUCCAACAACCUUGGGUCGUGCAACACCGGGCGCUGCAUGAUCCACGCCACCAUCAGUUCGGAGGAGGCAGUAGCGGUUCGGGUUCAUCAUCAACUGGCGGCGGUGGUGGUGGCGGCGGCGAUCUUCAAUCUUUGGCUCGGGAACUCCUUCACAGGCAUGGCCAAUCUCUAUCACCUGGGUCUUUGCCGUGCUCUGAGGCCUCACCAUCUCAAUCUCCCUCCAAAUGAGAGUUUGAGACUUAGCUGAUGAUCAAUUGAUUUACCAGUACUUGCCUGAUGAAAUGCAUGUUGAUUAUAUGUGAUAUAUAUAUAUAUACUAGCAAGGGAGAGCAUAGUAUUAGGGUUGUUUCAAUGGGCAAGUAAUUUGAAUGACUGAUCUAUAUAUCAAUAUUUUUUUAUUUAA